CCAGCAGCAAAGAGACACGUUGACUCAAAACAAACAGGGUGAACGCUCUCCAUCUUCUUCCACCGCCGACUCAUUUAUCUGCUCUCAUCUGUCACAUCUGUCUCCUCAUCAGUUUUAUUAUCUCUCUGUCCUCUCUCUUUCUCUCUCUCUCUCCUCCUUCCCUCCCUCUAUCUCUCUCCUCCUCCUCCCGCUGUGCUCUCGACUCGCUCUCAUUCCUCCUCCUCUCACACUCAGGCAGCAUCCUCCCCUCUCCACUUCUACCUUCACACUCACCUCUUCACGCCUCCCUCUCAGCUCUCCUCGCCGCCUUCCUCUCCGUCACCUACUAACACACAUCAUCCCUCACAUCUCUUUCCCCUUUUUCAUUUGCUGCUUCCAUCUCUUCCCAUUCUUCCCUCCUUUCUCGCAACACUCAACCUUGCUGUCUUGUGCAAACGUUCGCGUGCAAACACUCAUGCUGAUUGGCACCCAAGGACGGAGCAGCCUCUCUCCCGAACCGGCUACCGGGCGCUUUGAUUGCUGCUCGGGCUUCUUGACACUGAGCUCAGCUGAGGAAGAGGACAAGGAAAGAGGCCAUGGAGCACAGCCACAUCUUCCCCGUUUCUUCCCCAAACGGCAGCACCUGGAGCGGGCAGAAUCCCUCCGAGGUUGCCCAGGGAUGCCCUCUCGGACCACUGCCCGUCAUCUACUACAGCGUCCUGCUCUGCCUUGGCCUGCCGGCUAACAUCCUGACGGUGGUCAUCCUGUCCCAGCUAGUGCUGCGUCGUCAGAAGUCCUCCUACAAUUACCUCUUGGCUCUGGCGGCCGCCGACAUCCUCGUUCUGCUCCUCAUCGUUUUCGUGGACUUCAUACUGGAGGAUUUUAUUUUGGCCAAGCCGCUGCCCCCAUCGUUGAACAGCGCCGUGCAGGUCCUGGAGUUCUCCUCCAUCCACACCUCCAUCUGGAUCACCGUGCCGCUCACCAUCGACCGCUACAUCGCCGUUUGCCACCCGCUGCGCUACCACACCGUGUCCUAUCCAGCCCGCACUCGUAGGGUGAUAUUCGCCGUCUACAUCGGCUGCUUGCUGUCGGCGGCUCCAUACUACUGGUGGCCGGAGCUGUGGCACAGCCUGCCUGGGGUUGGAGGAGGUGGAGGGGAGAGCAGCAGGAGGACGGCGGCCCAGCAUGUCCUGGUUUGGGCCCACUGUGCCACCGUCUACCUCCUGCCCUGCACCGUCUUCUUCUCGCUCAAUGCCGUCAUCGUGCGGAAGCUGCGCCGGCGCCGGAGCUGUUUCCGUCUGCGCGGAUACUCCACCGGCAAGACCACCGCCAUCCUCCUCGCCAUCACCUCUAUCUUUGCCGUUCUGUGGGCACCGCGCACUCUCAUGAUCCUCUACCACUUCUACUCGCCCCCGCCGGCCUCGUCGAGCGCUGGCCGCCUACUGCACAUGCUCACCGACAUGGCCAACAUGCUGGCGCUUCUCAACACUGGUGUCAACUUCUUCCUCUACUGCUUCAUUAGCAAGCGUUUCCGUGCCAUGGCGGCCAACGUGCUGCGGGCCCUGGUCCACUGCCGGAAGCAGCCGCCGCCGUUCUACGCCAGCCACAACUUCUCCAUCACGAGCAGUCCCUGGAUCUCACCGGCCAACUCCCACUGCAUCAAGAUGCUGGUGUACCAGUAUGACAAGAACGGGAAGCCCAUCUGCAUCUCCUCCUAAACCGCCCUCCGUCGCUGGGGAAGGUAUCCAGGCUUUGUCUCCGUGGCGAUCAGCUACGUAAACAUGGGAGACUUUGGAGCCUUGAAAAUGUCAGAAGGUGGCAGGUUAGCUAGCUUUGAACGACGACAAGGUGGGAAAGCAAACAGCAGAUGAGCGUCGAAGCCUCUCAUGUUCAAUCAAGUAUUCACAAAGCAGCAACCAGCAUCUGACAGACUGUUUCCUCCAUGCAAAAAAAAAACUGACUGACUGACUGACUCCUGCACACACUGAUGAAGGGAAAUCACCAUCUACCACUGAUUGUGAGUCACCAUUCGUAACAUACAAACUGACAAAACAACAAGAUAAAUCCCCAGUGAGGCAUUAGAUUUACGGCGGUUGCUGCCAACGACAAAGAGCUUUGAACAGCUGCUGGGACUCAGUCUGGGCACCAAACAUCUCCCCUCCAGGGGUGAUUCUCUCAGGCAGAGCACCGUCCGACUGCCCCUUCAGCAGCGUAGAGAAGCUCUGUCAGUUCCACUUUAAUAUGCAGAGAAGUCAUUAAGAAAGAGAACAGCUCUUUCUGACUUUGUGUGAGUUCAUCCCGGCAGCGCAGGUCACCUACAAGUCGGCGCUCGCUAUGGAAGUCAUCGUAGGACAAGUAGGCCCUCUGCUUAUUGUUGGUGAAAUAUCUAUUAAUGGUAGACUUGACUGUUAACGUAGCUUUGCAAAAACACAAGACAAAAAAAAUACGACCUGGAGUCGGUGUUGAUCCAAGGUGUUGUUAAUCUAGUAAUCACAUUUCCAGUACUAGGAUGAGGAAAUUUCUGCAGUGAGUAGAUAGUCCUCAGAUAACUGUUAAUGGACUCACUGUUAGCCAUUACCUGGAUGAAUAUCAUGAAUGUAUCUAAAUGCCUCUUUAACCCUUUAGCUUUCUAAGAAGCCGAGGCAGAGAGAGAAACAGAGAGGAGACAAAAAUCAGAGUUUUAUGUCCCACGACGCAGCAGUGAAUCUGGUCUCAGGGCCGCCAUGACACGUUUCAUCUCUGCUGGCUGACGGCGCUUCAGUCACAUUUUAUACCGAAACACACACUCACACUCUCUCACACACACUCAGAUCAAUGCACAUCCAUUCUGCAGACACCUCGGGGCAUUAACAGGGUUCAUCUAUCUGCUGAGAGUGGAGCUGAGCCAAAGGGCAGAUUUCUGCUAAUACCUGCCUGGAGGGAUCAGACGCAUCGCAGCUUUUUUUUUUUUUUUUUGUUAGGCUUUAAAUCUGAUGAAUGUUAGACGUGUCUGUCGUAGCCGAUAAAGUCGUGCCCUCCAAACUCUUGUUCAGAUGCAUGUGUGUGGUUUCUUUUCCCUGAAGCAGCUGUUAAAGCAAAAAAUGGAUCAACUUCACCGCUAAGACAUGAAGAAACGGCAGCAUCUAUAGGCCUGCUAGCCCAACAUCUAUCUGUUUUAACUUCCACAUAUAAUAAAUGUUUGAUAACUGAGGUAAAAUAAAAUUGGUUUAGCUCUCUGAAUUCCAAAAUCUCCCAGCGGGAUUGAAAGGAAUAACAUUGCACUGCACAAAAAAAAGAAGAGCUACGGUUGUGCUGCUAACAUAGAAGUGCAGGACUUUAUUUGCAAAAAUAUUUGAGUAUAAAUGUGACAGAAGAGGAAAAAAAAUCCUGAAACUGUUCAGGGUUUAAAGCAUUUAAUCUAAAUUCAUGCAUUUGAUUUUAUAUUCCAUCUGUUCGUUAGCUAUAUCUGCUUUAGUCUGCAAAGAGCUGCAGCCCGUUCAUGCUAACCGUUCACACGCACAUUCACAACUACAGCCAGUUUAUAAGGUAUAAACCCACAGAGAAAACCCAGCAGACGCAGAUAGAACAUGCUAAGUAUAUGUUCAUGUGGUGAGACAAUGAAAACGGAAUCAGAAUUUAACUGUUGGCACUAUUUUGAUGCAGAAAAUAAAUAAAAGUUUUAAUUUGAUUGUGCUGAUAAACAAGCUAACAAGCAAUACAAAAACACAACGCUGUGUUUGGCUUUUUAAUUACACCUAAACUGAUGUGGAAACUAAGUCCCAAAUCAUGCUCCAGAGUCUAUGACUUGUUCAAAUGUCCAAAAAUGUCUUUAAAGAUCUUCAAAAAAUAUUCACCAGGAGAAGUGAGCAAUUAGAGGCAGCAGGUUUUAUUGUCGACAGAAAAUCCAGGCACAUUUUUUAGUAGUGAUAACACCACAAGAAAAUGCUGAAGAUACUGAGCUGUGCAUCGUAUUUUAUGCUUUGAGAGUUGGUCAUUAAGGAAACAAGAUCACUGAACUGCUUUCUGCAUCGCCGUUUUCCCCAUCACAUAUGAAUUUAAACUGAAAGUGUGUAGUUUUAGAACACAUUUGAGGUCUAGAUGGACGUAGCUGAAACGGAAUUAAUAUUUUAUGGACAGAAUAUUAGUACUGUCUGCAUAAGAUUUAAAAAAUGAUAAAAAUGAUUGAAAAACUUAGAAAACAAAGCUGCAGCUGUUUGAAGUUGUAGUUAAACCUCUUUUUGAGUGCUGUGAGAUAUUUGCAGAAUGGAAUUCUUGCUAAAAGUCUGCAUGUUCUUAUUGUAAAAAGUGACAUUUCCUCAGACCUCCUGCCUUUUCGUCAGGUGCUGAACCUGCACAGAUUGCAGCUGUUGGUUUUUCUCAUUCCAGUCUUUUGCCCUCAAUCAUCACUUCAAAAAGAAAUAACCUCUUUCUUUAACAUCCAGCCUCCUGCUGUUUCAUUUCUGUUGUGCACACGUGGCCAUAACCAGCCUCUGCACUAGUCUUUUAUCCGCCCAAAAUGAUUUUCUCCAGAAUUGCAGAGAGAACGAGGGAAUCGUGAUUGCCUUCUGCUCUCUCUUUGCUCCCGCUUUAAGUCGCUUUUAGCUUAAUUUGCGUCCUCUUUCUUUGUUAACUGAACACCUCAGACUGUUUUUACACGCUCCUCCAUCUUUUGUCAUCAGACAGUCGGUGGGUGUCGAUUGUUAUUCAAGGGAGACGACUGACCAGAGGGUCGAUAAUCAGAAAUCAGUCAACGAGACUUACAUUUACAAAUAUGUGCUUUGAUUCUGAUCAAUGUCGCCUAAUUAGCAGAUUGAUCAUUAGCGAAGUGCAGAAGGAGGUUUUCAGCUGCAGGCCGAGGAGCCGGUGUUGCCAUGACAUUCAUUUCACGCCUUAACGGGGACCAGCUCAUGGUAAUGUGACAUUUGUGUGAGAAAGCUGCGGCUCUCGGCCUCCAGGGAUGGAGGUGGGCAUGCUGGGAAACCGAAGUGAAGCGUCACGUGCAGGCCACCAGAUAUUAAAAAGAUAAUCCUCUCUGUCUCUCUACCUGCUUACACCUACAGAGUGUGUGUUAUCGCGCGUGUGUGUGUGUGUGUGUGUGUAAAUACAGUUCAUAUUAGGCAGAAAAAGGCUUUACAAAGUGUUCGUGCCAUAGGACCUGUAAUGUAAAAAACCAGACGUGUAUUUAUAAUCCGUCACAUACAGCACAGUAUUAUCAUAACGAUAUAUCCUUGAAUGUACAACUGAUGCUUCUAGCAUUUCUGUUGGUAUUUUUCUUAUUGUGAUUUUCUACACGAUAACUUUUUUGGAGCAGUCUUUUACCUCUUCAUGGCAGUGUUUCAGAGCUGUGUUUUUCGACUGUACCAGAGUGACUGUAGGCUUGCAUAAUUCAGUUUUUUCCCUCCUAAUGAAUGUAUUGAUUGUGUAAAGUAUUACUGUGCUGUGAGAAAGUAUGCAGAAAAGUAUUGGCUAAUAUUUUUGAUUAAUGAAAUAAAGAAGGGUUGAGAUAGAGA